CUAAGUUCGGAAACAAAAUUUCUUCUCUGCGGAAAAGGACUGCUGCAACUACUGGAUUAUGGCCCCGCUACUCGGGGUUUUUUCCUUGCGUUUUCCUCGCGUUGCACGAAGCGCCGCUUCCAGCGUUCUGAGCGCUCCUGUUUCACUGCAAGACGUCAGGGGAGAUACGGAGCGGCUCGGGUGAGAUCGAGAGCAUGGCACCGACCCUCUCCACGGCCCCGGCGAGAGCUCUCAACCCCUUCCAUCCCCCUCUCACGGAGCCCCUUCUAACCUUUCCCAGCUCCAAGCCUCCCUUCCCCGCAUCGAGAGCUUCGCACCCCAGCGGAAGGCUUCGAGGCGGAGGGAAUCCCCCUCUCCUUCCGGUGAUCAGAGCUCAGAACACCCCAGAUUACGUUCCGGAUUCGAAGUUCUACAAAGUAGAAGCGAUUCUGAGGCCGUGGCGAGUCCCGCAUGUUUCAUCGGGGUUGCUGAAAAUGGGUAUUCGUGGGGUGACGGUUUCUGAUGUUCGAGGCUUUGGGGCACAGGGCAGCUCGACUGAGAGGCAUGGUGGAUCUGAAUUUUCAGAAGACAAAUUUGUAGCUAAAGUUAAAAUGGAGAUAGUGGUGUGCAAGGACCAGGUUGAAGCUGUAAUUGAGAAAAUAAUAGAGGAAGCAAGAACUGGAGAAAUUGGUGAUGGAAAGAUUUUCUUGGUGCCUGUUUCAGAUGUUAUAAGAGUUCGCACAGGCGAGCGUGGAGAGGAGGCUGAGAGGAUGACCGGUGGACGGUCCGAUAUGAUUUCUGCAGCAUCUAGUUAAUCAGACAUUUGCUUGUUGUAAAAUUAGAUUUGUUCUGCAUUCUGUAUCCCUAAAUAUACUUAUGCAUAACUUGCAAUUAUAUAUCAUGCAGCAACUUGUAUGUAUAACAAAAUAAACCUUGCAACCUGUUACUAGAUUGCUGUCUCUAUGCCUA